CGGUGCGGCCGCGGGGCAGCCAUGGCGGCGGGGCUGGGGCGGGCGGCGGCGUGCGCGGGGCUGCGGCGCCGGGCGGCGGGGCUGCUGCGGCGGGGCUGCGCGGGGCUGGCGGUGGACGACACGGUGAACGGGCUGAGCGAGGAGCAGCGGCAGCUCAGACAGACCAUGACAAAGUUCUGUCAAGAGCAUUUGGCUCCAAAGGCCCAACAGAUUGACCAGGAAAAUGAAUUCAAAGACAUGCGAGAGUUUUGGAAGAAACUUGGGGAACUGGGAGUUCUGGGAAUCACAGCUCCUGCGGAAUAUGGUGGAUCUGCUUUGGGAUAUCUGGACCAUGUGCUGGUGAUGGAGGAGAUUUCUCGUGCAUCAGGAGCUGUUGGGCUCAGCUAUGGAGCCCACUCAAACCUGUGCAUCAAUCAGCUGGUGCGUAACGGCAACGAGGCCCAGAAGAAGAAGUACUUGCCCAAGCUAAUCAGCGGGGAGCACAUUGGAGCCUUAGCAAUGAGUGAGCCCAAUUCUGGAUCUGAUGUUGUGUCCAUGAAGCUGAGAGCAGAUAAGAAAGGAGACUACUUUGUUUUGAAUGGGAACAAAUUCUGGAUCACCAACGGGCCAGAUGCAGAUGUUCUCAUUGUUUACGCUAAAACUGACAUGAAUGCAGUUCCAGCCUCCCGAGGUAUCACUGCCUUCAUUGUGGAGAAGGGAAUGCCAGGUUUCAGCACGGCCCAGAAGCUCAAUAAGCUGGGAAUGAGAGGGUCUAAUACCUGUGAAUUGAUCUUUGAGAACUGCAAGAUCCCUGCUGAAAAUGUUUUGGGGACACUGAGCAAAGGAGUCUACAUUCUGAUGAGUGGAUUGGACCUGGAGAGACUCAUUCUGUCUGGUGGGCCUUUGGGGCUCAUGCAAGCUGUCCUUGACCACGCGAUCCCAUACCUGCAUGUAAGAGAAGCAUUUGGACAGAAGAUUGGCCUCUUCCAGCUGAUGCAGGGCAAGAUGGCAGACAUGUACACGCGGCUGAUGGCCUGCCGGCAGUACGUCUACAACGUGGCCAGGGCCUGUGACCGGGGACACUUCAACGCCAAGGACUGUGCUGGAGUGAUCCUGUACUCAGCAGAGUGUGCGACCCAGGUGGCUCUGGAUGGGAUUCAGUGCCUGGGUGGGAACGGGUACAUCAACGACUACCCGAUGGGGCGGUUCCUGCGCGACGCCAAGCUCUACGAGAUCGGGGCUGGCACCAGCGAGGUGCGCAGGCUCGUCAUCGGCAGGGCCUUCAAUGCCACCUUCAAGUAGGGUCUGCCAGCAGGGAGGCAGCACCCCCACCACCACGAGGCCUUUGGCCCCAGAGGCUGGAGCACACAACUCUUCUUCUUCUUUCUGCUUGUCAUUCUGGCAUCGUCACUUGUGGAUGCUCUUCCGCCCACUUCUGGAGGUGCUGCUGGACCGAGCUCUGGCAGCAUGAAUCAGAAGGUGGCCUGGAAGGAAAAGUGUUUUUUUCUCUUCUCAUGAUCAUCCUGAUUCAUCCUGUUCAUCAGCCAACCUGAUCCUCAGCAUUAGAGGGCUGUGGUUCAUCCAGGGGACAUUUCCCCAACCACGCAGGCUGGUGAGCAGUGUGCCUGAACCAGGAGGCAGCCAUUGCUGAGCACAGGAAGUCAACCAAAAAAAAGCAAAAAACCAAGGCCAAUGAGAGAAGAAUUUGGGGUUGUUUUUAUUUCUUUUUUUAAAGUGCCAUGAAAUAGUGUUUAGCCUAGUACCACUGGAAGGUGAAAUCUCCCUUCCGGUGGGAUUAAUAACUUCCAUCUUGGAAACUCAAGGCCAAUCACAUCAUGAGGUGGCUGUCGUGAGCACUCAGGCAUCAUCUCUGCACAAGCAGGGUUUUAGGUGAUGGUUCUUCCAACCUCGUUAAAAUGCCACAUCUGCUCCUUUCCUUACUUCCCUUUCUUCCUGCUGCUUCUCAAGAUGUCCCCGAGCAGCUCCAAGUCUGCUGCUCUGCCUGACGGCCCCUCGCUCAGAGAUGUCACCAGCCAGCAUCCUGGGAGCAGCUCAAGCCUCAGGCCUGUAUUGUGACACCCAUGAAUGAAGCAGGCAGGAGGAGGGUGACUUUUGGGGUUGUUUGUUGGUUGUUGUUUUCUUUCCUGAAGGUUUUUCUUUUGGCCAAAGGAGGUACUCACACUCCACCCUCGGGCUGGCUCGAGAGGGCAGAGCGAGCGCAGCAGCAUUUGUGGGUGUCCUCAGUGCAUAUUAUACACAGCAAAGGGAGGUUUAUCCAGCUUCAUUAAAGAAAAUUGCACAGUGUACUGCCAGCCUGAAAGAGUGAAUCACAGAGAUUUAUGGAGUUCUGUAAAUAUGACAGAACAUUUAAUUAAAAACAGUUGCCAUGUAGGCAACUUCCCAGCAGUUUUAACUGAAAAAAAAGACUAAAGCUUUGUGUAUUUUUUCUGGUUGUAGUUGACAUCUGUCUGUACCAGGUGACAGGCUAAUAGAGAAUUUUAAAAUACCACAGAUUGAAGAAAAAUUCGCUGUUCUGAAUCA